AUGCAUUCUUCUAGGCAGCUCGGUCUUUUGAUUGCCACUGUUCUUUUGUCCUGGGGACCAAUGUCAAGCGGCGCCCUCAUCUCUCAAAGUCGUGAAGUACUUGCAUCUUCAGAACCCGACUAUAAGAUCUUCUUAGUCCGUCAUGGAAACACCCCAGCCAAUAAAGUCGACUUGAUUCAGGGUUGGUUAGAUGUUGAUCCUGAUCUUGAGAAAGAGGAUCGUGAAAUAAUCUAUCAACUUGACGAACAAGGGAAGCAAGAAGCUGAGAACGCUGCCAACAAACUAAGCGAAGUACCUGUGGGGAAAAUCUUCAGCUGCCCGUUAGGUCGAGCUUUAGAAACGGCUAAAAGAAUUCAAUUGGAACACCCAGGCGUUGAUAUUGUGCAAAAUGGGGAUCUCAAGGGAUUGAACUUUGGAAAUUGGCAAGGACAGUCAGUGGAUCUGACCAGAAACAAAGAGGUCAAUUGGGAAGAUGGGAAGGUGCACGGCGGAGAAUCAACGGCAGAGUAUCAAGAACGUACUUAUAAAUUUUUAGAAGAACUUCUGAAUGAUCAAGCAGAACUCAAAGCUCCGAGAAACGUAAUUGUUUCCACACAUCAAUGGUCAAUUAAAUUGAUGGUUGAAUAUUUCAUGAGCAAAGAAGCUACAAAGGCAAAGGAAGUAGAUUUGAAAAAAUAUCAAACAGGUGGCUCUAUCUCUGAAAUUCAAGUUUGGUUAAAUGAAAAGGGAAACAAAGCACGAUAUCAUGUUCAAAGAUUUGGUGAAGAGGCUGAUAAGAAACCAUUGGCCUGA